AAUGGUCACUGUAAAGCUCUUGUGGCUUAAUACUUUUUUAAUUUAAUGUGGUGAAAUGUUUGGCUUGGCUUCCCACACUGUGGGUUGUAACCCCCUGUGGUGUUGCCAGCCGAAAGUUUUUGGGUGCAAAUGCUCUUGAAGCAGCACUGGAUGCUAUGGAGCUUUUUUCUUCCUGAUGGGGUGCUUGGCCUAACUACCUGAUUUGUCUUGGAGAACUCUGUAGAAAAGUAAUUGCUUUUAGAUUUAAAAACUGUGUGGAAUAAACAAAAUUUGUCAUCCCACUCCCGACAAGCCCUACAUUGACACACCUUUCAGUUUCCUCCCAGUGGCCCACCAGUGCUGUCACAGGUCUCUACCCAACCUGGUCUCGUCUCCCGUCUCCCAUCCCCUUCACCCUUUUCCUGAUCUCUCAAGUCUCGUCUGUUACCUGUACCCACUCUCGAAGGACUGGGAUCAUGGCAAAUUUUCAGCUCCAAAAUGGGGUUUGUGUGAAUAAAUUUGGAAAGCACUAGUUUAUUAGUUUAUUUUCUUAAAUUUCAAAAUAAAAACAACAUUCAUAGCUUUGUGAUCGAUCGUGUUACCAUCCUUAGCAAAGGUUGUAAUUUUUUUCAUUUAAAACACGCUCAAAUUAUUAAAAAUUUUGUUUGAUGUGUUCCCCAUUCCUACAAUGUGACAUUUGCAAACUGGAAAGUUAGCAACUGUUCCGAUAGAAUGAUGAAUACUUUAAUAAUGUGAAUAAUUAUUUGCAAAUUGACCUAUUGUGUGCGUGUCAAUUUGUAGGAAAAAUUGUUCCUAUAUUCUGCUAAAUAAUUAGCGAGUACUUCAGACAAGAUGUUGGGGUUGGUGGGUAGAGGAGAGUGAAGAAUGAGUUCAUACAAUGUGUAGAGUGGGAAGAGUUGACACAUUAAGGAACUUGAUGAAUUAUUCAUUUCAGCUGAAAAGUUGUGAUCAAUCCUCAGGCAAUUACGGAUCACGAUCCCUACACUUGCAGAUACAUUUCGCUGCACAAUAUAGUUGUCAUCUUUUACUGAUUUGUUACAGAAGAUGCUUCAGUUAUGAAACAGUAGUCAGUAAGGUGCACAUAGCUGUUUUGAUUGCAUGUGGAUGGCUUUUUUCUUUUAAAAGAAACAUUACAGAUGUUUGAAAUGUUAACAUUGAUCUUUCUUGAAUUCAAAGGGGAGAAGAAACAGACAACUGGAGGUGGCGAUGAUUCCAAACCAAUUGACAUUUCUCGUUUAGACCUACGUAUUGGACGUAUCAUCACUGCCAAAAAGCACCCUGAUGCUGACUCCCUCUAUGUGGAAGAGGUUGAUAUUGGAGAAGAAAACCCAAGAACUGUUGUCAGUGGACUGGUGAACCACAUGCCAAUAGAGGAGAUGCAGAAUCGACUGGCCAUCAUGCUAUGCAACCUUAAACCAGCUAAGAUGCGGGGAGUUGUCUCACAGGCUAUGGUGAUGUGUGCGAGUUCACCAGAGAAAGUUGAAAUCUUAGACCCACCAAGUGAUGCUGUUCCUGGCGAUAGAGUAACCUUUGAGGGCUACCCUGGUGACCCUGACAAGGAGCUAAAUCCAAAGAAGAAAAUAUGGGAUCAAAUUCAGCCUAACCUCAGCACAAAUGAAGAGUGUGUUGCUACAUACAAAGGGACGCCAUUUGAAGUGAAAGGAAAGGGAGUUUGCAAGGCCCAGACAAUGGCUAAUAGUGGAAUCAAAUAACUUGUAUGUCUGUGCAGUGGCAAUGAAGGUGGAAUAUUGCAAAAAUCACAAUAAAUACUUGAACACAUUAA